UUUACAUGCACCCAGCUCGUGCACAGCCAGCCCAGGAGGCCACAACGGUCAAGAGCCGAGGCAUCCGAGGCGUAGCAGGGCCCCACGCCACGCGCCGGACGUGACAAAACCGCCCGGCUUCCCUUCCUUCCCCUCGCCCACCAAAUUCCCCCUCGCGGUCCCAAUCACUGACCAGCUGCGGCGGCCACGCCAAAAACCACACUCUUUCGCUAGCUCACUCCCGGGUCCUGAUCCCCGGGGCGCGUCGGCAUGGCCUACUCCAAGGGCGUCGGCGGCGGCGGCGGGGGGAUGUCGGCCGUGGACGCCAUCCUGGCGGAGGCGGCCGAUCUGGUGGCGCUGGAACAGAUCGCCAGGCUCAACACGGCGCACCUCGACGGCUCGCCGCUCCCGUCCAGCCUCGAGUCCCGCUUCCGCAAGCUCAAGUCCCUCCCCACCGCCCCCGCCCCGCCCGCCAAGACCCUCGGCCGCAGCGCCACCGCGCCGCUGCCGCCGCACCAACUUCGCGACGACGAUCCCCUUCCCCAGGCGCCUGCGCGUGCGAGCCAGGAACUGCGUCCCGACGACGCCCCGGGAAAGCUGAACUCUCCGCCGCCGGUGACCACCGUCCCCGCUGUUCGAAAGGAGGACGAGGAUGACGAGGAAGAGGACCUGGAGCGGCUCUUCGGGCCAGCACGGCGCGGCCGGCCGACGCUGCGGGAGCGGAACAGGGGGAUGGACUCCGACGACUCCCUAUCCCCGCCGCCGCCGCGCCAGGCGUGCUGCUUCGGCUUCUCCUCCUCCCCCAAGAAACCCCCGUCGACGAGGCGCAAGAAGAGCCACCCGGAAGGAGCAGGAAACGACGUUCUGGGCCUCGACGCCGACGAGUGGGGCGACGAGAACAGGAGGAUGGUCACGGAGCUCAAGGCGCAGCAGCGGAAGAUGAAGGAGGCCCUGGAGGAGCAGGUCAAGGUCAGCAGGGAGACGGCUAAGAUGGCGCGGUGGGUCAAGCAGGCCUCCGCGCGCAUGACGCACACGGCUGCCAUUGACGACUUGCUCAGCGACAUCGACGACGAGGAGGAGCUCAAGUGAAGCAGAAAUCUGCUUUGCUUUUGUCUUCCGCAGCUUCUGCUUUUAUCUUUGGACAAACUAUGAAGAUGUUUAGGUCAGAAUACAUGAUAGUUUAUAUAUGGGUUGAACUUUGGAGAGAAGAAUAUAAAUUCUGCAGUUUUUGUAUGAGAUUAGACCAACAGAGAUGUAUGAAUGAUUCUAAUAUGUGAAGUGUCAA